AUGCCGUCCAACACUCCUGAAGGCAAGCCGUCUUCCGGGGAGCAACAGGAAACGGGGCCCUAUACAGACGAAACACCAACAACCGCAGCAGAUGCAGGAACUAACCUUGACGGAGACUCUGCAGAAUAUGCAGCAGCAUCCAGAUCAACGAGCUACGCGGCAGUAGAACCAUCAUCAUGCGCAGCAGCGUGCACUGCAGCAUGCACCGCAGCAGACACAGCUACAAGCUGUGGAGCAGACGCUGCAGCAUGCACAACAGCAAGUGCUGUAGCAGAAAUACCAAGCAGCUCUGUUGCAGCAUGCGCAGCACCAAGGAAUGGAGCAGGCACAGCAAUAUGCGCAGCAGCAAGCGCUGCAGCAGAUACAGCAGUCACCGCUGCAGCGUUUGCUACGUCCGACUUACCCUCGAGGGCUGCGCUCACUGCUGAAGAAGAUGCUGCACCAGAUGCAGCAAAUGAUGGAGCACUAAGCGGUGCAGCAGUUGCGGCAGAAUACAGUGGACAAGUCUUCUCCCUGCAGUGUUGCGAUGUCUCUGCUUCGACUUUUUCAAACCGGCUGAGCCCGAUGGCUGCUGGAGCGCCAUGUGAUGCUGCGGACCCGCAGCAACGCCAGCAGCGACAGCAGCAGCAGCAACAGCAACAGCAACAACAACGGCAGCAGCAGGAACAGCAGCAACACCAGGAGCAGCAAGAAGGGGUGAAUCUGCGAUAUGAGAGACCGGCUGUGAUGGCCUCAUCUGACAGCAGUUCUUCUCCGUCUGUCUGCACCUCAGCAGCGACACAGACACCUGAAUCAUCAGCCUCUCAAGGCAAAGGGGCUGCAGCAUCAAACGCAUACAGCGGCAGCUGGCCAUUACCUUUGCAGGCGUUGGAACCUGCCGCCGACUCCGCUGCUACUGCUGCUGCUGCAGCCGAGGGGAUGUUGGUGGGGAGCCCUGCUCCCGCUGAUUCUGCUGCUAUUGCUGUUGCUCCUGCUGCUACUUCUGCUGCUUCUCCUGCGAGUCAGCAGCAUGCUGCAGUGUGCAAUAGCAGAAACUCUUGUGCGGGGAUCCUCCUGGAGCCCCAGGUCUGCUCAGCAGCGGCGGGGCAGGACGCAGUGGAUCUCAGCAGCAUGGUUGCUGUGGCUGCAGGAGCUCCUGCAGCGGCUACUCCUGCAGCGGCUGCUCCUGCAGUGGCUGCUCCUGCAGCUAUUGCUGCUGCAGGAGCUCCUGCAGUGGCUGCUCCUGCAGCUAUUGCUGCUGAAGGAGCUGCUCCGGCGAAUGCUUCUGCAACGGUUUGUGCAGCGGGCUCAGGUGCAGCGGAUGCUCCUGCAGCAGUUGCUGCUACAGGAGCAGGUGCUGCAGAUGCUCCUGCAGCAGCUGCCGCAUCUGCUGCUUCCGAGUUGAGAGCUCUACGUGCAUUGGUGGAGAGCUUGAAAGCAGAAAACCAACGGCUUAAGGAGGCAUUGGCCCCCACCACGCGGUCCACGCCGCCAGUGCAGCAGGGCGACGGGGCAGCAGCAGCAGCAGCUGCAGCAACGGGCGAAUUCAGCUGCCUGCCUCCGCAGCUGCAAGACUUGGGAGAAGAAAAGAAGCAGCAGACGAGCAGCGUCAACGCAGAAGGAGCAACAGCCAACAAUCCCAGAAAAGGGAGAGCCCCAGGCCCCCCUCCUAAUACCAGAGGGCCCCCCGGGAGGCCCCGGGUGACUGCAGCAAGUGGGGCAGGGGCCCCCCCUCCAGGAGAUGCUUCAAUUAGCAGCAGCACAGAGAAUAGCGGCAAAAACGGUAGCACGAAGGACAACGCAAUGUCCCUUUGGGGUUGGAGACCUGCAAACGAACCUCUCAGCUCCUUGAGGAGCUGCUGCGCAGAUCGCCUGCUGCUCGGCUGCUGUUGCUGCUCCGAAAACACCAGCAGCAGCACUAGCAGCAGCAGCACUAGCUGCAGCAGCACUAGCAGCGGCAGCACUAGCAGCAGCAGCAGCAGUGGGGCUGAGGGGGAUACGGAGGAUAUGUUGUCUCUGCCAGCAGUGACUGCUGGUCCCCUUGAGGCUUCAUGGCUGCUGCAGUUAGAAGAGGCUGUUCACUGUACAUUAGUGGAGCAGCAGCAGCAGCAGCAGCAGCAGCACCAUCAGCAGCAUGAGCCAAGUGUGCCGCCGUCUACUCUCCAUAGGGAAGCCGCGCGUGCUGCUUUGAAGACAGUCGUUGAGGAGAUUGGGUUUUCAGUUCUCGAUGUCGAGCAGCAGCAGCAGCAUGAGACAGUCGACAGCGCAGUGGUUGGCGACCCUCGUUUGUUUGAGUGGUUUGUGCGGCCAUCGGUUUCUUCUUCAUCUUCUUUAUCGCUCCUUUCGUCUCACGCCCGAGGAGAGCAUACACCUGCGCCUGCAGACUCCAAAGAAAACUCGAAAAACGCUGUGCUGAGUCGGGCAGAGAAGGAGAGACGCCAAGCCGCCACCCUUCCGCCUUCUCUUAGAAAGAGCAUUAGCAUUUCCCUCUCAGCGUUGAGGAGAGGCUGCGCUGACCGCCUGAACUUCUGCCGUCGACUGCAGUCCGAUUUGCUGCAGUGUUCACUGAGCCCCAGUGCUUUAGAACUCCUUCUGGAGUUGGUGCCUGAUCUGACGAAGGCGAACGACAAACGGCAGCUGUGGCUCGAAGCUCGCGACGCUCUGUCUCGCCAGUCUGUGUGCAUGCGGAGGCUUCUGGAUGACGAGGAGUCCUUUGCUGCCUUUGUAGGAGUUGCAAGCCUUGUUGCUGUUAAUCGUUGGCUCUGCCAGGUUCAGCAAAUUCAGGUGAAGCUUGACUGUUUGGCGAUGCUGCGAAGAAGAGCACCGCGCAUUGGGCAGUGUGUGCGGGCAGCAGCUCUGGCUGCCUCCGUUGUUAGCGGCCUCUCGGCCCGCAAGAAUUUAAAUGACUUGAAGACUGCAGCUGCUGACGAAGGCGCAGCCAAGGAGAACGCUGAGCCAACAGCAACAAACAAAUGCACCAUUAAAACGGAGACAGAGGAGAGAAAAAUGGGAAAAACCGACGGAACAGCGAAAGAAGAAAACGCUGGAGAACCUGAUGCACAAAAAUGCAGCGGAUUAACGAUGUUUCGAUGGCCGAUGCUAUUCGAGAGGAUUAAAAAGCAGUACGGAUUUGCCCCCGAUGGGUCGCUCGAUAAAAGCCGCUCGCUGCUGAAGGUCCUCGCUACACACACGGGGAGGCCCCUCGAUACAACGGAGUUGACGCUGCUAAAGCGAGCGUCGCAGAAGCCGCUGGUGGUUUUGUUGGAGCAGGAGGCCUCUCUGGUGUAUUUGCUGCUGCUGCUGCAUCGCGCUGCAGUUUUUGCUGCUACGAGCCGCAGCAUUCCGGAGACGCAGACAGCUGAGCAGCAGCAGCAGGUCCUGCAAGACCCAAUGAAGGCCCUGGCAGCGCGUUUGCUGCAGUGUUGUCAUCGGUCGAGCAACAGUAGCAGCAGGAGCUGCGGCAGCGUUUCAGCAGGAGGGGCAGCAGGAAGUGCAGUAGCUGAGGACAGCAGCAACCUUAAAAGACAGCGCGAAGCGGAAACGGGGGAUUUGCUGCUCUCUGUAAUACCCAAACUUGUGAUGAGCCAUAAGGGGAGGCUGAAGACGUUGACACGAUUGGCUGCUCAGCUGCUGCGGGAGUACGCGGCGUUUGUCUGUUGGUUAGGUGACAGGGGUUCCUUCCUUCCUCUUCAGCUUAACCUGCAUGAAAGCAACAGCAAACAGGAGGCCCCUUGGGGCCCCCAGGGGCCCUCUCUUCCUGCAGUGUUGGCUGCUGUUGUACCCGCAGCACCACCACAGAGGCGGCCAGCUGCAGCAAAACCGCAAGGCGAUGCCUUUGAACGGCUUUACUCGUUCUUAGAAGAACUCGAAAAGAACGCAGAACCAGCCGCCACCACACGCCCAACGCGCAAACACCUACUGGAGAGGCGCUGCUGCAGCAGCAGCAGCAGAUCAAGCAGCCCCUCCUCCUCCUCAAGUUCUUUGCCGCUGCUGUCGCCUGGGUCCUCUCCGGAGCGUCGAAAGCAGCAGAAGACAAAAUAUGCAACGGACGCUUCUUACAGGACAACAGCAGCCACAACAGCAGCACGCUGCUUCGCACUGCCGGGUAUAUUGAACGGUGCGGCAACACCCGCUCCUCUCCGUUCGCUUCUCUCACGCGGCACGUCGUACCAACUAAGGCCAACAAAAAUACCUGCUGGAGCUGCUGCUGCAGCAGCUCCAGCAGAGGGAAACCACCAUCCGGCUCUAGUUCAGCUGUCGAGGGGCAACAAAAGCAGCAGCAGCAGCUGCUGCUGCAGCAGUCUGCAGCCAAGCGUUGUUCCCAGUGUUCAGCUGCCUCCCCACCUCCGCCUACCUCUGUCCGCUUUAAGCCCUCCUGGAGCUGCCGCUGCUGCUGCUGGAUCUCCUUUGAAUCUGCCCCGUUCUCCUCUUCCAACCAACACGUCUCAAGGGGUUUCGAGUGUAUCGGCAGACUGUGAACAGCCCCACGCACCCCAAAAAAACACCGGCGAGAGGCUGAGAUCACCUGCAGCGCCGACAGCCAGCUGGCGGGGUGUCUGUACACCCCAGUUGGAAGAAGACGCAACAACCGAAGCUGCACACGACAGCGGUAGACAACAGAGGCAGAUGCUUAGUGCUACAACAAAUAUAGAAGCAGGAACAGACGGAGUCCGUUUGCUGCUCUCAACAGAAUGGAGACCAAGACAAACCGCGCCCGCUGCCAAUCCGUCUGACUUCUGCAGGAACAGUCUCGCCUCCGUAUUCUGUUCUCGUAGUGCUUUCACUUCAGGUGUCCGCAUAUCUCUCAACAAGGUCCCGGUGAACCCCAAACAACACCAGCAUCAGCAGCAAACGCAACAACAACAGCACCAACAACAGCGAGGUGAAGAGGAACGAAGUGCUGCGGAAGGAGCAGCGCAGUCGCUGUGUAUCCCCUAA